CGUCACCCAGCGGUUUUCGGUCAUUUUAUGAGCAGCUCCCACUCUUUAAUUCGGUUCGACAAGGUUAGCAAUCUUUGACGGUUGUUUUGAGGAAUACGCGUCGAAAUGGCAGACAGAGAUGACGAGAUGAUUGAGAAAAUUUCGGCAAUCGCCGGCUGGCUGUCGGAGUGUGAUUUGGAGGACUACCUUCCUGUGCUGCUUGAGAAUGGUUACAAUUCUCUCGCCAAAUGCAUACGAAUUGAUGCUAAUUCAUUGUCACAAAUGGGCAUCACAAACGCAGAACACGUUGAAAAACUUUUCGGCGCUGUGAACGACUUAAAAGGACGCGGCAUCAGAGGCAGUCCGAGUCCUGGGUCUCUGGAUCCUGAUCAGAUGGUCAAAGACUUCAUUGACGAUAUGGAGGUGGAGAAACAGAAGCAAGCUGCUACUGUGCCGUCUAUUGAGGCGUCAGACACUAAUACUGGUGAGGAAGCUAAGGUUAGGAGAAGAGGUGGAACUCUAGCAAGACAAGAGGCAUUGAAGAGGAUCACAAUGACUGUGAUGUCAAGUAAGAAGUGUAUUCAGUGUCUGUGGUGGCAGUCAGGCUUCCAUCUCCAUUAGCAUGUCUUUUUAUGCGUUUGGCUUUGGCUUAAAAAUUAGGUGCAUGGACUCUGAUAGAGUUAGGGCUGGUAACUUGGUUACUUUAUUCUCAGAUGAUUAUCUUAUACACAUGCAAU